CUAAUUUGCAAAUGCUACAGGAACUUUAUGUACUUGCAUAAUUAGAUUCUUUACUGGAGUAGUGAGAAAGGUUUCCCUUGUCAUUGUUUGUAUUGGAAGGCCAUUUCUAAGUUCAUUGCUACUACCUCAUAACAUCACUUCAUCUUGCUCCUCAGAACUCUCUCUCUCUCUCUCUCACACACACACACGUUCAAAUGUAGGAUCAAAACUGAGAAAUGGAGUAAACCAAAAGAGAAGCAAAAGAUGAGAGAUCAUAUCUUGAGAAUGUUCCUCAUCAUAUCUCUCGUUGCGUCAUUCAAGGUCCAAGUAAUCGAUGGAGCACAAUCAAACUGCCCGGAGUGUACAUGGCAGCACAACAGCAGGAGAAUUCUGCACCAACCUCUGUUUCCGGUGGACUCAACACCGCUGCCUCCACCUCCGCCUCCCAUGCCAGACAUCCCGGAUGAAGGCCAGCCGUUCUCAAAUGAAGUUCCAGCAUUCGAUCAGGGCUAUCAAUCCCCGCCCUUGCCAGACAUUGGUACAUCAGUGGAGAGUCCAUUCGCCAAGGCUCCUCCACCGCCCAACCCAGUCAAGAAACUGGUGAUCAUAAUAGUAUCAACACUUGUAACGGUGGGAAUGCUGUUAGUUUUGGCAUUCUUUCUCUGUAAGAACCGCCGAGAGCACCACAGCAACGAGUCCCAGGAGCUUGUUGGUGAAAAUUUACAGAGGAUAGACGAAGAAUCAAGAGUGCCACCACCUGCAUUCCUCUGCCUUGAGACAACAGAGCCAUCCACCACCAGCGGUUUGGUAAAUGAAGCCAACAUUGCCAGUGGCUCACCGUACCACAAGCUCAACUCGGGUAAAAGAUUCAAUCAUUAUAGACCCAGUCCCAACCUUCAGCCAAUGCCACCAUUGACGAAGCCACCACCACCUCCAAGAAUGAGCUCUCCACCACCCAUGUCAUCAUCAGAUGAUGAGGGCCAAGAUACCUGUUUUGACGCCCCACGAGAGAUGUCUCCAAGUCACGAGUCCCCAAGUUCGCAACACUACAAUGUGAGCAACAAAACCAGCCCAGUGAGCCAGGCCAUACCAGAUAAUCCUGCUUCUAAACCUCUACCUCAUUCCAAGAGGACUCCACCAAAAUCUCGAUUUUCAGCGUCUUCUCCAGAUACAAGGCCUGCGAAUGCACCAUCAAUCAAACCGCCUUCACCACCACAACCAACAACUUCCUUGGGACCGUUACAGUCAUGCAAACCACUGCCACUUUCUCCUAGCAGGACCAAAUUUUCAGCAUCACCUCCAUCGCCGGUCAUACAACAGUAUCGAUCAGUUGCCAAUUAUGAGCAGAAAGCAUCAACAUUUAAAAUUCCACACCCACCACCACCACCACCACCUCCACCUCCCCAGCCAUCAGCAAUGACAAGAAAACAUGCGGCGGCGAAGACAUAUACUUCUUCACCUAUUUUCAAGCAAACAAGAAGGUCAAGCUCUAAAAGUCCUAGCCCGAAAGCAAGUCCAUUGUCAGAGAAGACAAGGUAUGUCAAAGAAGUUAACAAAGGUGUCUGUUCACCAGAAAAGUUUGAUGCUGAGAGCAAGGAAUCAAGAACCAAGAUGAAGCAAUUGCAUUGGGACAAAGUACGGGCCACUACAGACAGAGACACUGUUUGGGACCAUUUAAAGUCAACCUCAUUUCAGUUGAACGAGGGUGCCAUGGAGUCGUUAUUUGGGUGUAAUUCUGCGACUCCAGUACCAAGACAAGCACCUAGGAAAUUUGUCCUCCCAUCUUUUGAGCAGGAGAACAGAAUACUAGAUUCCAAGAAGUCCCAGAAUAUUGCUAUUCUUCUUCGUGCUUUGAAUGUGACAAGAGAUGAAGUCUCUGAAGCACUGUUAGAUGGAAAUCAAGAAGGACUAGGUCCAGAGCUUUUUGAGACUUUAGUGAAGAUGGCACCAAGCAAGGAAGAAGAGAUAAAACUUAGAGAGUACAAUGGUGAGAUCUCUAAACUAGGCACAGCGGAGCGAUUCCUCAAGGCAAUACUUGAUAUUCCAUUUGCCUUUAAAAGAGUGGAGGCACUGCUUUUUAAAGCAAACUUCAAUAUGGAAGUAAAGUAUUUGAGGAAGUCUUUUCAAACCCUAGAGGAAGCCAGUGAAGAACUGAAGAAUAGCCGCCUUUUUCUUAAACUACUUGAAGCUGUUCUACGGACAGGAAAUCACAUGAACGGUGGUACUAACCGUGGUGAUGCAAAAGCCUUCAAAUUGGACACUUUGCUGAAACUUGUGGACAUAAAAGGAAAAGAUGGUAAGACAACCUUACUUCACUUCGUUGUCCAAGAGGUUAUCAGAUCAGAAGGAUCGGGCACCAAUACAAGAAGUGAAAGCCAGCUGCAAAAAAGCAAUCUAAAAUUCAAUGAAGAAGAUUUCAAAAAGGAAGGAUUGCAGGUUGUAGCAGGGUUAAGCAAAGAGCUUGGCAAUGUCAAAAAUGCAGCAGGGAUGGACUCCGAUGUUCUGAGCAGCUAUGUAGCCAAGCUCGAACAGGGAUUUCAGACAGUCAGGCAGGUGCUGCAGUACGAGAGUAACAUUGUGGAAGACAAGUUUGUCGACUCGAUGAAAGUGUUUCUGGAAGAAGCUGCUGAUGAAAUUUCCAGGGUCAAGGCUGAAGAGAGAAAAGCUUUGUCCUUGGUGAAAGAGGUAACACAGUAUUUUCACGGAGAUGAUGCGAAAAGAGAAGCUCAUCCCUUGAGGAUUUUCAUGGUCAUACGAGAUUUUCUCUCGAUACUAGAUAAUGUGUGCAAAGAUGUUGGGAGAAUGCAAGACAAAGCUACAAUGUGUUCAGGAAGAUCAUUCAGAAUAUCAGCGGCAGCGCCUUUGCCGGUGCUUAGCAGAUACAACAUGCAGAAUGAUAGAAGCUCCGACGAUGAUAGCAUGUAAUACUGCAUAAGUCAAGAGAUAAAUCAAUAUAACCAAGUAUAGCAAGAAUCAAACAGCCAUAUAUUAUACUCACAUUGGAAUUGGACAGCUCUGAAUGCAUCAGCUGCAAAGUGGAAUACAUACUGAAGAUCUUUAGUAGCAAACAAAGGAGAGAUGUAAACAGCAGGUUUUGGAUUCUGAAUAAACACAUGUUGAUUCAACCAAGAGUAGUGAAACAAUAGGAAAGAGGCUUGUAUUUUUUGGUGCUUAGCUGUAGCCAUUGAUAAUAAUAUUGUGCUUGUUCUGUUCA